AUGGACGGGAUCAAUUCUUUCCGCCGGAAGUUAACUCGUCGAACUUUCCCUCGGACAGAUGAGGUCGUCGUGUCUUACAUCGCCGGACUGGUCGAGGAUGAAGACGAAGAAGUGGAAGACAUCGUAGAGAUGACUCGUGGGAUGUUGCAAGGUGGACCUUCUUCUCAAGACUCGUCUUCUCUAGAUGACUUCAUGGGUCGACUCAUUUCCUACCUCGAAUCUCAGUCAUCUAAACGAGUUAGAAAGUCCACCACAGCGACCAAACUGGAUAAAACCAUUCACAUGCGAUCUCAAGCCAUGUCAGCUACCAUAGCUCUUAGCGGUAAAGUCGAUCUGGAACACAAUCAAAAAGGUCAAGCAUCCCGAGUGGACCUCGCAAAGCUGGCUAAAGCGGAAGCGAAGCUCAAGGCCAAAAUCGAGAAACGAUCCAGGAGAGAUCUGUAUCAAGGAUCCAAGCUCAUGGAAAUGCACCAGAAACAACAGACAUACGAGGAGAUGUUCAUGAAAGUCAAUCCUCUAGACCUCACCGGUGCAGCCAAGAGCAAGUCAAAAGAUAUACAUCUGACAAACAUCGAUGUAUCAUUUGCCAAUAAUCGUAUUCUAUCUGGUGCAAGUCUGACCAUGGCACAUGGGAGAAGAUACGGUAUCAUUGGUCGUAAUGGUGUGGGAAAAUCAACUCUACUUCGACACCUCGCCCUGAGGGAAGUGCCCAUCCCCACACAUAUCUCAGUCUUAUAUGUCGAGCAGGAGAUUAUUGGAGAUGAUACCACCGCUUUGGAAUCCGUACUGCAAGCCGAUGUGUGGAGACAUAAACUCAUGACGGAGGAGAAAGAGCUCAAUGCUCAACUUGAGGUACUGGAGAAGGCUACGGCGGAUGGAGAUGCGGGGAAUGACACCGAGAAGGACGAUCUUGCUGGGCGACUUGGAGAUGUUCAGAAGAAAUUGAUUGAGAUGGAAGCUGAGACAGGACCAGCGAGAGCGUCCCUUCUCCUCGCUGGUCUUGGGUUCUCCGAGGUAGAUCAAAAGAUGCCGACCAGGUCCUUCUCUGGUGGAUGGAGAAUGCGACUGGCUUUAGCUAGAGCCCUUUUCGUCAAACCAGAUUUGCUCAUGUUGGAUGAACCUUCGAACAUGUUGGAUCUUAAUGCUAUCGCAUGGCUUGAAGAUUAUCUUCAAACUUGGCAAGGUACAAUUCUCGUCGUAUCUCAUGACCGCGCUUUCCUAGAUUCCGUCGCCACCGACAUCGUCCAUCAACAUUCUCAACGUCUCGAUUACUACAAAGGAAACUUCUCCCAAUUUUACGCAACGAAAACUGAACGUGCCAAAGCCCAAAGGAAGGAAUACGAAGCUCAACUUCAAUACCGACAACAUCUUCAAGCGUAUAUCGAUAGAUGGAGAUAUAAUGCCAACCGUGCUCCACAAGCUCAAGCGAGGAUCAAGAUCCUGGAGAAAUUACCUGAACUUGAACCUCCCGAACAAGAAGAUAGCGAGAGUUUCAAAUUCCCUGAUCCUGAGAAGAUAUCUCCCCCAUUACUACAAUUGGACGAAGUUACGUUCGGAUACACACCUGAUAGGAUCCUUCUUCGUGGUGUCAACAUUGAUGUUGGUCUCGAUAGUCGAAUAGCCGUUAUUGGACCUAACGGAGCUGGGAAAUCGACUCUGAUCAAACUUCUCACUCAGGAUCUACAACCCUCAUCAGGUCGGGCGACUCAUAACAAUCGUUGUCGUAUCGCCUAUUUUACCCAACAUCACGUGGAUCAAUUAGACGUCAAUAUGACCUCGGUGCAGUUUUUGCAAUCGAAAUUCCCAGGUAAAACGGAACAGGAAUAUAGAAGUCAUUUAGGUUCGUUCGGUAUCACAGGUCUUACAGGGUUGCAGAAAAUCGGUACUCUAUCCGGUGGUCAGAAGAGUAGAGUAGCAUUCGCUGUUUUGAGUAUGCAAAGACCUCAUAUCUUGUUAUUGGACGAGCCGAGUAAUCAUUUGGAUAUGGAAGGUAUCGACGCCCUGAUCGAAGCUGUCGCAAAGUUCCAAGGAGGUGUGAUUAGUAUUUCUCACGACGAGAGAUUCAUCACUAGUACUUCGAAUCAGCUAUGGGUUUGCGCGGAUGGAAAGGUCAGCAAGUUUAUGGGUGAUGUGACGGCUUACAAGGAACUCAUCGUCGAUAAUCUCCGUAAGGACAGGCCGACGUGA